AUGGCACCAUCUCGUAGGACUCCGCAAUCUUUCCAGGGCGAUGUGCCAGAUAUCGCCAGAGCGAUUGAAGCAAUGGUAGCUGCUAUGACGCAGCAAAGUACGACAAUGAUGCAACAACACGAAGCAUCAAUGCAGCGACAAGCGGCAGCGCUUGAGCAGCAACAACUGUUGGAGGAGAAUAUGGUAGAUGUCCCUGCUUUCGGCCCAGAGCCACGACCUACAGUCCAGGAGUGGAGUCUGGAGGACUUUCUGAAACACCACCCGGUGAAGUUUGGAGGCAAGACCAGUCCGGACGCAGCAGACCAGUGGCUGAAAUACCUGGAGAGAAUAUUUGAUGCUAAGAUGUGCCCAAAGGAGAGUAGAUUGGCAUUCGCACUGUACAUGCUCACGGGUGAGGGUGAGCACUGGUGGAUCAACAUGAAGUCCAUUAUGGAGGAGAGACACGAACCAAUUACUUGGGAUGUCUUCAGGAGGAAGUUCCUCUCCGAGUACUUCCCUGACAGCGUUAAAUAUGCUAAAGAGGUAGAAUUUUUGCAGUUGACUCAAGGAAGCAAGUCUGUGACUGAGUAUGCAAAAAAGUUCAAGCACCUCAGUCGUUUCUACACCAUGCCACUAGAUAAAGAGUGGCGGUGCAGGAAGUUCGAGAACGACCUCCAUGGAGACCUCCGUUUGAUGGUGGCCCCGCUGUCCAUCAAGGACUUUGCAGCCUUGGUAGAGAAGGCGAGGGUCAUGGAGAAGAUGAAGGUGGAGGUGGAAACUCAACACCCACACCAGCCGAGAGUGGGAGGACCAUCUGGGUCUAAGCAUAGGCACGAGGAGAGGAGGAAGCCCUAUACUAGGGCCCAUUUCCAGUCUUAG